UUCAGUUUUAGCCUAUCUUCAUACUGUACUGUCUUUGAAUUAGCUCUUGGUUUGUGACUAUGUCGAGUAAGCUCGAUGGAUAACACAAUUGACGAAUGUUGAAGGUUACUCUCUUAUUCAGUGAUUCAUAAUUAUUUUUCCAACAUAGGUUUCCAAAAAUACAGAUUUAUUUAGAUUUUUACUUUACUGCCUCCAAUGUGUAGCCUACAUCCGUGUUGCUGCCUCUACCGCGCAGACUCGUCACUGCGGUUCACUGCGUUUCCGUGUUAGCUUGGCUGGCUAGCUGAUAGUGGCUGUCGUCAGGAGAGCUUACGAUCGACUCAGACUGGAUAUUGUAUCGAUGGAUAAAGCAAAUAUUUUCGACAAUGCAUUAAUGUUCAUAAACGGUGUACUUGUGAAUGAUGCUAUGGAAAGUGCGGUGACUACACCGUCCGUAACAUGCGAUAUUAUCAAAACAAGAUAUUAGCCAAGUGUGCGUCUUUAGAGCGGUUUACGUUAUCUAGGUAACUGUUACCGCUAUAUAACAUUUAUGGUGGCUUCGUUGAUCCAUUUUUUGUGUUUUGUCCUCGUCUGUAUUGGUGGAAAAUGAAGAAGUUCAAUAUCAGAAAAGUGCUGGACGGCUUGACUGCUUCUUCUUCCUCUGGCACUGCAUCUCCACAACCAGGAACUUAUCAAAACGAUGUGAUCCAAGAGACGCUACAAUCGGAGCAUUUCCAGCUCUGCAAGACUGUGCGCCAUGGCUUCCCCUACCAGCCCUCCUCCAUGGCCUUUGACCCUGUGCAAAAAAUUCUGGCCAUCGGGACUCAGAGCGGAGCUGUGAGACUUUUUGGCCGUGCAGGUGUGGAGUGUUACUGUCAGCAUGACAGCGGUGCAGCUGUAAUCCAGCUUCAGUUUCUGGUCAACGAGGGGGCGCUGGUGAGUGCCUUAGCUGAUGACAGCGUUCACCUGUGGAACCUGAGGCAGAAGCAGCCAGCUAUCCUGCACACUCUCAAAUUCAAUCGGGAGAGGAUCACGUUUUGUCACCUGCCCUUCCAGAGUAAAUGGCUGUACAUCGGCACAGAGAAAGGAAACAUCCACAUCGUCAACGUUGAGUCCUUCACAUUGUCAGGCUACGUCAUUAUGUGGAACAAAGCCAUCGAACUGUCCUCCAAGUCACACCCUGGGCCUGUGGUCCACAUCAGUGAUAACCCCAUGGAUGAGGGAAAGAUUUUGAUUGGAUUUGAAUGUGGGACCGUGGUGUUGUGGGAUCUGAAAUGCAAAAAAGCUGACUACCGCUACAAUCAUGAUGAGGCCAUCCACUCAGUAGCCUGGCACCAUGAGGGAAAACAGUUCACCUGCAGCCACUCAGAUGGAACUCUGACCACAUGGAACGUACGCGUUCCCGCCAAGCCUACAAUCACCAUCACACCACACGGUAAGCAGCCCAAGGAUGGAAAGAAGCCAGAACCAUGCAAACCUAUCCUCAAAGUGGAGUAUAAAACAACUAGAGCUGGGGAUGCCUUCGUGGUCAUGUCUGGAGGCCUGUCCUAUGACACGGGGUGCAGGAGGUCCUGUCUGACGGUGAUGCAUGGGAAGAGUACUGCCGUCCUGGAGAUGGACUAUCCCAUCGUUGACUUCCUCACGCUCUGUGAAACACCAUAUCCUAAUGAUUUCCAGGAGCCUUAUGCUGUAGUUGUCCUCUUGGAAAAGGAUUUAGUUGUCAUCGACCUUGAACAAAUUGGGUACCCAAUAUUUGAGAACCCGUACCCUCUGUCGAUCCACGAGUCUCCAGUGACGUGCGUGGAGUACUUUGCUGACUGCCCUCCUGAACUCAUACCUGCACUUUACUCUGUGGGCUCCCGGCAAAAGAGACAGGGUUACAGUAAGAAGGAAUGGCCUAUAAGUGGUGGUAACUGGGGCCAAGGCACACUGAGCUACCCUGAGAUCAUCGUCACUGGACAUGCUGACGGAUCAAUCAAGUUUUGGGAUGCUUCUGCAAUAAUGCUCCAAGUACUGUACAAGCUGAAGACUGCCAAGGUGUUUGAGAAGGCUCUGAAGGGCGGUAAGGAGGAGAAGCCGAGCACAGAGAUAGUGGAUGAGGAUCCCUUUGCCAUCCAGACCGUGUCGUGGUGCCCAGAGAGCAGGAUGCUGUGUGUGGCCGGAGUCUCUGCCCACGUCAUCAUCUAUAGGUUCAGCAAACAGGAAAUAACCACAGAGGUGGUGCAGCUGUUGGAGGUGCGUAUGCAGGGCGAGCUGAACGAUGUGGAUUCUCCAGACCCAGCAGGAGACCAUCCUCCCACCCCCUCUACCCCAGUACCCCCCUCCUCCUCCAGCCCCACCCAGGAGGGAGAGCCCCCUGAGGCCCAGCCCUUCACCUCUGAUGACGGGUCCAGAGAUAACGUACCAUGCCUCAAGGUCCGGAGCGCCCCUCUGAAGCAGUCUCCUGGUUACCAGGUGGAGCUGGUCAUUCAGCUGGUCUGGGUUAGUGGGGAGCCGCCGCAGCAGAUCACCAGCCUGGCCGUCAGCUCGUCAGACGGACUGGUGGUGUUUGGCAACAGCAGCGGUCUGGCCGUCGUGGACUACCUUCAGAAGAGCCUCCUCCUGAACAUGAGCACGUCAGAACUGUACAGUCCCUCAGACCCCUACCAGAGACAGCCUCGGUCGCCUCGCAAGACACGACAGCCAUCUGGAGCUCUCAGUGAUCACAGCGAUGGAAACAAUGUUUCAGAGGAGAAAAGCAACAAAUCACCAACGUCAGGCUCAACGACACCCACCAAUUCAGACGAUGAACACAAACAGAAAAGGUUUAUAGAAAUGGUGAAGUCCAAAAGCAGGCGCUUUUCCAAGACGGUUUCCAAUGACUUUGCCAAGAUGUCAAAGAAAAUUAGCUCACCUACAGAGCAAAAGACAGGCCUGGAGGAGAGGGUGCGACAGCAGCGCUCUCUCCCAUAUAAGAGGUGCUUUUGUUGUAUGAAGGAGGGCAUGGAGUCCAGGAGCCUUCUCUACGUUCAUAGGACUCUCUCGGUCCCUGACGUCAAUGCCAAGGACAGUUCGUUCAGCCGCUCGAGGAGUUCCAGUGUGACCAGUAUAGAGCGGGAGUCCCGCGAAGCUAUCUCCUCCUUCCACUUCAGUGAGAGUUUCCCCAGGAAGACAGACAGCAGCCCCAGCCCCAGCCUGUGGUUGGGUACUACCCAGGGCACUGUCCUGGUCCUCUCCCUCAGCCUGCCACCUACAGGGGACCAGAGGCUGCAGCAACCUGUCGGAGUCUCUUCCUGUGGUACUCUGAUCAGACUAAAAGGAGGUAUCCUGACUAUGGCCUUCCUGGACUCCCUUGGGGCGGUCCUACCCCCUUCCUACGAGCCGUGGUCCGAGCCCAACGCUCCAGACGAGGAGAAGACGAGGAGGCGCAGGCCGGCCUCCCCACCCCCCACCCAGGAGGGUCAGGACAGCCAGUAUGCUGUAGUGUGCUCAGAGAAACAGGCCAAGGUGGUGGGCCUGCCCUCCCAGUCCUGCUUCUUCAAACACAACAUCACAGAGAGCUCCUUCGUGCUGAGAGCUGACGUGGUGCAGAUGGCUGCUGGACUCUGCCUCGCCUGCUUCUGUGCUAAUGGACACAUCAUGACUCUGAGUCUACCCAGUCUCAGACCACUCCUGGAUGUGAACUACCUUCCACUGACAGACAUGAGGAUAGCCCGGACCUUCUGCUUCUCCAACCUGGGCCAGGCUCUGUACCUCACCUCCCCCACUGAGAUACAGAGGAUCACAUACAGCCAGGAGACCUGCGACAAUCUACAGGAGAUGAUGGGAGAGCUGUUUACACCGUUAGAAACACCUGAAGCUCCUAAUAGAGGUUUCUUCAAGGGCCUGUUUGGGGGAGGAGCUCAGUCGCUGGAUAGAGAAGACCUGUUUGGUGAGACUGCGGCGGGUAAGGCAUCUCGUAGCCUGGCACAGCACAUUCCUGGGCCCCAGGGCAUGGAGGGUAUGAAGGGAGCAGCCUCUGGGGUUGUGGGGGACCUGGCCCGUGCCCGGAUAGCCCUGGAUGAGAGGGGGCAGAAACUGGGCGAGCUGGAGGACAGAACCGCAGCCAUGAUGGCCAGCGCUGACUCCUUCUCUAAACACGCUCAUGAUAUGAUGCUGAAGUACAAAGAUAAGAAGUGGUACCAGCUCUGAUGGCAGCGAGGGGAGACAGUGGGACGCAGUUGUUUUGUUGUGCCACUUCAUUAUCUACAGGAGAUGCAGCUCCUUCUCCUCUUCCUCCUCCUCCUCUUCUCCUUCAUCUCAGAAGGAGGAGGUGUUGUAUGACAGACUGAGAGGCUUUCUUCCUAGCAGCACAAUACAACACUGCAUUACCUCAGUCACCUGGUUACCACUGAGGAGGAGUAGACUGACUGACUGAAGCAGACUGACUGAAGCGGACGGACGGACGGACGCCUGACUGACGCAGACUGACUGACACAGACACACAUACAGACUGACACAGACACACAGACUGACUGACACACACACACACGACUGACUGACACACAGACUGACUGACUGACACACAGACUGACUGACUGACACACAGACUGACUGACUGACACACAGACUGACUGACUGACACACAGACUGACUGACACACAGACAGACUGACUGACACACAGACUGACUGACUGACACACAGACUGACUGACUGACACACUGACUGACUGACUGACACACUGACUGACUGACACACUGACUGA